GGUUUAUUCCUUCUUGGAAACACGGUACGCUGCUGCGUAGGGAAUGAACAUCCAUUCUGUUUUGUAAUGAACCAAGCGUUCUGUUUCUGGAUUUUCAUUACUCUCUUAUUCUCGGCAAUUUACCUGUUGACAUUACCUCUAAAAACGAAUGCUGCUGACAGCGUGCCAGAAAAACCUGAG